AUGAAAAUCAGCGCUAUUGCCUUUCUUACUACCGCCGUUGGCCUUGCCACUGCACAAAAUGGAACCGAGCCCUUUGCAGCUGACUUCUCUCCUAUUGUUGAAAAGGGAUCCUAUACUUCGCUUUUGGGAGCCAUCAAUGAGACUGGCAGCGACGCGGUGAUUUCUUCAAACGCCCCUGUCACGAUUUUUGGCCCUUGGGACGAGGCCUUUGAUAACAUUACCGAUGUGUUGGAAACUCUAACAACGGAAGAUAUUCAAGGUGUCCUUCUCAAUCACGUGAUCGUUGGUGUUAAUCUCACCACAGAAAUGAUAGCGGCAGAAGGUUGUAUUGAAGCCACAACAGCCGGAGGCUUGGAGAUUUCUAUUUUCCGUGAUCCAUUCACCGGCCUUAUCGAUGUUGAUGGAUUUCAUGUUGUUGUGGACCCCGAUAUCACCGGGGACUAUGGAGUUAUGCACGGAAUUGAUCGUGUGAUCCUCGCGGAAGAGCAUAAAUUCUUUCCCUGCCCUCCUCCCCUCGACCUUUCGCCUAUUGCCCAGCUUGGAAACUACUCGACUCUUCUCGCUGCGUUUGAACAAACAAACAACGAAUUCACAAUCGCUACCAAUAUCGGUUUCUUCAACACAACCAUCUUUGGGCCGAGCGACGCUGUUCUUGCUGCCAUUCAGAGUACUCUGGAUGAAUUGAACAAUGACGAGCUUAAUGAGGUUCUCUGGGGACAUCUGGCGUAUGGCGAAAUAUUCUCUGAUGAGUUUCGCGCAUUGGAAUGUGCUGAGGCGGAAACCUUUGCAGGAACAUUCGUAGCCGUUCGCUUCAACCGCAAUACAGGCAUAGCCUCGGUCAACGGCAUCCCAAUCAGUUCUACCAACUUGGACAUUGAUGGAGAAGGUUAUGUCUUCCAUGGAAUUGAAGGCGUCCUCGUCGAUUCGGAAUACGUUCCGUGUUCCGCAGAUCCCCUUGACUUUUCUUCGGUAGAGUUAGCUGGAAACUACAGCACGCUUCUCAGUUUGGUGGCUCAAACAGGCCUCGUCGACGAGCUCAAGGAAAUUAGACCCGUCACAAUUCUGGCGCCCACCGACGCGGCGUUUGCACGGUAUCAAAGCAACUUGACAGGACUAUCGGACGAGGAGAUUGCAGAGAUACUUCGCAUUCAUGUCAUUGCAUUUGACACCAUUGAUGCACAGUGGAUCCUUGAUUCAGAGUGCAUGGAAUUUUUCACGGAAGGGGGGUCCAUGGUCAGUUUCAGAUACGACAAUGUUACUGAGCAAAUCACCGUCAAUGGAAUCCCCCUUGUGCAGGCCGACAUUCUUGGUAACUUUGGAGUCUUGCAUGGUAUUGAUGGCAAUUUUGCUUUUGAUGGACAAUAUGAACCCUGUUUUGAAGAUCCGUAUAGUGUAGUUGGAUAUCUCACGUCCUACUAUGACCAACAAGUCACUGAAGCGGCAGUGGCGGCAUUUGCAUCAAGUGCAACGUUUUUCGGACCAACCGACGAGGCAUUUUACUCUCUUGAUGAAUAUCCAUUUUACAGUGAUGAUGCUGCCGAGAGAGAAGUCGAGUUGUUGCUCGGACACAUUGUUCCAGGUAUCCACACAGCUGCACAAGUAAAAGAAGCUGGAUGCGUUAUUCUCGAUACUUUGGCUGGAACUAAGGUCCGUGUCAUGUGGGUGGAAGGCGAUAUGGGUGGGCGUCGUUUAGCGGGCCAUGAAAUGACUGGAAUGGUGAUGGUAAAUGACGCCAUGGUCAUUCUUGCCGACCAAUUGGACGAAGAAUCUGAUGUUAUGUUCCAUGGGAUUGACAAGGUCAUUCUUUCGGGAUCCUUUAGCGAGUGCCCGUCUACCAUGUCCCCAGUGACAGCUCCAACCGAUGCCCCAGCACCCAGAGGGACUCCACCAACCGAAUCGAGUGCCGCCUUUGUCAAUCAUGUCAGCAUUAUCUUUGCCUCCAUGGUUGCACUGCUUGCUCUUUAG